UCCCAAAAAAAAGUUGAAUCAAAAUCGCAUAAACUCCACCAAAUUUAAACUCAAAAGUUUCCCUCGAAUAUUCUCUACAAAAUCCCAACUACUAUUAUAUAACCAAACUCUCACACUUACCUCUACUAACAAAACAAAAAAUCAUAACUCAGAAUUUAUAGCUCUUUGAAUCAUUACUGAGAUGAAUUUUACUAGAAAUAAACGAGUCACCGAUCCGUUCAACGACGAAGCCAAAGCUCGACUCCUCGGUGGUAAUUUCCGCCAACUGAGUGGCGUCAGCAGCGGAAGCGAACAUUCCGGUGACGGAGAAUUCACUUCUUCACCGUCUCUGACGGAGCUUGUGCAUGGUUUCCUCGAGGAGGAUAAUGAAAAUGAGUGUGAUUCAGCGGAGACUGAUCUCGAUUCGAAGCGAGUUGACUCAGUUUCAGAUUGCUUGGACUCAGUGGAGGAUCUGUUAAAGUUAAGAGGUGAAAAUGCUGAUGCAGACUCUUACUUGAACAUGCUUCGCGUGCAUGUUUCUGAAGCUGCUGUUAAGUUCGCAUUUCUAAAGGAACGAAGCUUUUCCGUUUUCAAUCGAAACGUGAUGUCAUUUUUGCGUGAGAAGGGACACAAUGCUGCGAUUUGUAAGACUCGGUGGGAAUCCUCCGGCGGAUUAAUUUCCGGCAACCACGAGUUUAUCGACGUGGUGCGAUCUGGAUCGUCCACGUGGCAGACUAGGUACUUCGUUGAGCUUGAUUUCGCCGGAAAGUUUGAAAUCGCACGGCCGACGAGUAGUUACACAGAGAUUAUGAGUUACGUUCCUGAAAUUUUCGUUGGAACAUCGGAGGAACUUAAACGCACCGUUUUGGCAUUGUGUGGUGCUGUGAAACUGUGUUUAAGGAGUAAAGGGUUAUCGAUACCUCCUUGGAGAAAGAACCGGUACAUGCAAAAUAAAUGGUUUGGACCGUAUCGUAGAACCACGAACCCGGUUCAGGGAAAUCCGGUCCCCGCUGUUGUUUCUUCUUCCAGUGGCGUUAAAUGUAGGUUGGUUGGGUUCAACGACGUCAUUUCAUUUGUCCGGACGAGAUAACUAAUGUCAAAAGUUUUUGAAAAUUUGUUAAUAUUUUUAUAUUUUGAUUAAUUUUAUAAUGUAAUAAUUUUGAAUUGAAUCGGAUUGGGUAAAGUAUGAGAUAGUGGAAGUUACAUUACUCCCUCCGUUUUUUAUUAUAAGUCGUUUUGGAAAAAAAAUUUGUAUUUAAAUAUAAGUCGCUUUACA